AUGGCCGGGCGUUUCCACGGGACCGUGCAGCUCGGGGGACUGCUCCUGGCCCUCGUCGGCUGGCUGUGCUCGUGUGUCGCCACAGCCCUGCCACAGUGGAAGACUCAAAACCCGGGACUGAUUGAAAUGGAGACCCAGCUAAUGGGGCUCUGGCAGGUCUGCGUGGAUCAGGAGGAGGUUGCCACUGUGUGCCACGCGUUCAAGUCCUUCCUGUCUCUGCCCCAGGAGCUCCAGGUAUCCCGGAUCCUCAUGGUAGCGUCCAACGGGCUGGGGCUCUUGGGCCUUCUACUCUGCGGCUUUGGGUCCGAAUGCUGCCGGUUUCACAGGAUACCAGGGGUCUUCAAGAGGCGGUUUUGCCUCCUGGGGGGAGCUUUGGAAGCAUCUGCUUCAGCCAUGACCCUCUUACCAGUCUCCUGGGUGGCCCACGUCACAAUUCAAGACUUCCAGGAUGACAGCGUCCCUGAGAUUGUGCCUCGGUGGGAGUUGGGGACUGCCCUUUACUUGGGCUGGGCUGCAGGGGUUUUCCUGGCCCUUGGCGGCGUCAUUCUUAUCUUCUCUGCCUGUCUGGGGAAAGAAGCUGUGUCCUCUCUCCACAAGGCUGGUCCCACCGGCUUGCCAUGCCUCCAUUCAGCAUGUGACUCACACGUCUCCCUCCACCGAACACCAGGACGGGGGAGCUUGAUGGCCUAA